AACUUCACUAAAUCUUCACUAAAGGAAACAAUCUGAACACCAAGGAUCAUCAUGGCAAUGCUAAGAAGUCUUCUGCUUCUUUUCAUGUUCUCCAUAGGGAAUGCAUCAGGCUCAUGUCCCUAUGGAUGGACAAGUACUGGAGUGAAAUGUUACAAGUUCUUCUCUCAGUCGGCUAGCUGGAUCACAGCAGAGAGAAACUGCCAAAGCUUUGGUGGAAAUCUCGCAUCUGUGCAUAAUAAAGCGGAAAAUGAUUUUCUGCUGAGUAUGGUGCCUUCUUCAUCACGUUGCUGGAUUGGCGGUCAUGAUGGUGAACAGGAAGGACAGUGGCUGUGGACUGAUGGAUCUGUGGUUGAUUACAACAACUGGUGCUCUACAGAGCCUAACAACCAGGGGACUGAAAACUGCUUGGAGAUCAACUGGACCUCAAACCAUUGCUGGAAUGACCAGGGCUGUUCAACCCCAAUGGGUUAUAUGUGUGCUAGAAAACUGUGAGGUCAUAUGCAGUCAUCCUGCUUCAGUUACAUUGAUUGUACUCCAUUUACUUUUUCCAAUACUAUCUUUAAAUUUCACCGGAAUAUCUUCUCAAUACCUUCUCUGUAAAACUCUUCGAAUCAAUAAAAGCAAAGCAAAUUG